AUGUUCUCCCUUCUCUCCGAACCCUUCAUCCUCGCCGUCGCAGUAACCGCCCUCUGUUUCUUCCUCGCGCUCUUCUCUCUCAUCCGACCGUUUUCCUUUCGGUUUUCACUCACCAGAUUCACGCCGCCGUUCCACCACUGCAACUGCGCUUCCUCCGAUUCUCAAGAUUCUGUGCCGUACUUGAACGGAAGUGUUGCGGAAAUGAUGGAGAUCAGUCCUUCUCCUGCGCCGGUUGUGUUGACUGAUCGGAGAAGUGGUUGUUCUAUGAUGGAGGAGCUUGUUCCAGAGAUUACUACGCACGCUCUUAGUUAUUUGGAUUAUCCGAGUUUGUGUCGGCUUUCCAUGACUAAUUCUUUGAUGCGGAAGGCUGCUAAUGAUGAUAAUGCCUGGAAAGCCCUUUAUCACAAGGACUUCACAUUGGAACAAAGUAGCGUCACACCAAGAAAUGGGUGGAAGGCUUACUAUGCUGCUACAAGAGCAAUUGUGAUUGUUAAUACAGAAUUUUUCAAUAUUGUAAGAGACAAGUCCAUUCCGGCAAUGCGUCGUUUUUGGCUCAAUGCAGAUUAUGUGAAAUGCAUCCAUGCCUCAGGAGAACUUUUUUCAGGGUAUAAUGGAGUAAUGCGGGGCUGGCAACUCGUUUUCAACUGGGAGCAAGGAUUGAACUUUCAGGUUCGGGAUGUACGAGCUCGGGUCUUGGCUGACAUGGCUUGGGUUACCAUGAAAACAUAUGUUGACAUGGAUACAGGGCCGUUCAAUGUAACAAAUGUGUUUGAGUUCCAUAAUGGACGGUGGUAUAUGGUUCAUCAUCACAGUUCUGUGAUGAAUGGGGAUGUAGAGCAACAAAUUAUGCAUGGAUAA